CAUCAUGGGCAACUUGAAUGCAAGUUAGGUUAUUUUUAAACGCGCACACACCCAAAGCUGAUAAGAGACCAUAUAAAAGUUAAGGCUGCACAAACAUGGUACGAAUAAAACAGAUGGUGUUCUUCCCUCCUCUCCUUCAGCAUGGUGGUACUCCUCCGUGCACCAACGUCUCCUUCUAUCUCCCCCUCUCACUUCUUCCACCGGCCCAGGAAUCGAUCUCCGCAGGAUCGAUAAGUUGGCAUGAAUAUUCCCUGCCUGCCGAGAGUCUAGUUGGGGAGAGUAGGAGGCUGAGGCUCAGGCGCAGGCAGUGGAGAGGACGGGAAGGACGGGGACGGAGACAGGAGCAAGGAAAAAGGAGCCCGAGCAAGGGAAUGGGAAGACGGGGCUGGAGCAGCGCUGCGCCGGACUGGACAGCAAUCUGGACAUAUGUUUUUCUGUCUGUCUGUCUGUCUUCCUGCCUGUCUGUCUGUCCCCCGGUAUUAUGUGGGAACCCCCGAUCUCUCAUUCAUUCGACCCGGCUCCCCUCCAGGAUUGCAGCGAUCUGCCACUACAGGCUGGCCGCAACAUUUGAGGCAAGCGAGAGGACACGCUACUACUCACACAUCACCAGCCCUCCCCCGCACACCCUCCCUUCCUCCCUCCUGCCUCCCUCCCUCCCACCCACCCUCCAUCUCCCUCGUUUUCACUACCGCUGCAAAAGGGAUGAAGUCCGGAGAAAAGAAUCCAAGGAUCAGGAGCAAUUAAGUUAUCUGGAUCAUUAUCAUUUAGAUGCAGGAACUUCGAGCUGCAGUUUGCAAGCUGUCAGACCACUAUAAGGAUAUUCAAGGUGUGCACAGGUCACAAGCAAAAUCACAUCUGCCUCCCCCCUCAGCAUCCCUCUCCAUUCUCAGCGCCUACGUGUUACAUGCUGUCAAUUACGACAGCAUCAGUCAACGCCGGCCGCUUACACACCAGAUUAUUGUCAAUAUAGAUUUUUAAAUAGAAAAAUCUAUACUUUAAAUAUUGCAUUCAACAAGGCCAGAUCAAUAAGAACGAGCUUGCUCCUGUUGGGCCUCAGAUCCUGCCUCACCCAUCCCACAGGACUGCAUGUAGCCUAUCUGCAGGUGAUUAGGUCUCUUCCAACUGGGACUUCUGGGUAAAUUUACCUUUCAUCACUUCGCAUUCACUCAGUCAUCAGCAGACACACUAAUUGUCAAGAAAUGUGCAGCCGUGCACUAAUAUGGCCUCUUCUAAAUUAUGAAAAAUGCCUCCUCCCCUGUUGUAGACAACCUGGUUUUAUUGUCCUUCUCCCUCUGCUUCACACAUGACAGAUGACAUCCGCAGGUCCAAUGAAGAGGAGGGGAGGAGAGGGAGAGGGGAGCAAAGAGGACAAGAGGAAAUGGUAAGGAGUGAGGAGGUGAGGCAAGAAGGGGAGAGAGGAGAAAAGAAAAAGAAGGGGAAAGGAGAAGUGACUAGUUGUCCUUCAAAGACCCCCUUCUCUCCACAAAGGGAGCCGUGCGCGCCCCCUUUCCCUCCUCCCUGCACUCCUUCCAGACAAAAGCAAUUAUUUCUUGUAGAAUGUGGUGUGGUUGUGCGCGUCUGUGGAAGAGAGGGAUGGAGGGAGGGCGUGUGAGAUUGAAGGAGAGGAAAAUAAGACGGUGUUGGAGGGGUGAGGCCGAGGAGGGGGUGCUAACAUCAUCCACCCGUUUGUCCUCCACACACUGUUCUUCACCAAACUCUUCAUUUUCCUCCACCUGACAUGGAAAACUGUCAGCAACACACACACACACACACACGCGCACACACACACACACACACGUGCACGUACACACCAGCAUCAGGUAUGCGUGGCGUUCGGAUCUCAUUAUCCACCAGCACAAACUUUAAAGGGAGAAACAAACUCUCCCCAUCAGCUGAAUUCUGAUUUCUCACCCAAUUAAAAUAUUUUCUGUCAUCAUCUUCGGCGCUUUCUACCUUCUGACAAGUAAAACCCUCAGAACAAAUGCUGACCAUGUCCACCCAGAGUCUGUCUCACUCUGUCCAUCUGUCUGUCUCAGCCUAAAUCCAGCUGACUGCCCCCCCCCCCCCCCCCGGUGUGUUUUCUGCGUGGUGCCUUCAGGGCCCCCGCAGCGAGUCAGUCCCUGCAGUUUCAGUCCCCCGAGACCUGGAGGGAGACCUCCCCCAGGGGCUCCGCCCGAGCCUAUGACCCUCGCUGGAUAGCUCCCACUGCAGGUUCAUGGUCCUGAUUGUCCCCCUCCCUCCCCAUCAGGACAUAAAACUGCCUCCAUUGUUUUCUAUUCUAUGUUUUCACACUUUUAUUCUGAAAAAUGUGGAUAUUAUUGGAUGAAUAACGUGGAUUAUUAUAUUUUCAAUCACAUAAAAGACUUCUAAAAACAACAUUUUCUUUCUUCUGUUCCAUAAACUCCUCUUUCUACCUUUAGAAGUUACAAAUUUGACCAUUUUAUGCUUUUGGCCUGAACUUCUGACCUUUUGACAUUCUGUUUGCAUAAAAAUCAUUUACUGGUAAUCCUGCAUGGUGUUUUUUUUUUAUUUUACCAUAAGUGAAAGCAUAUUUAUUUAGUCCUUCCGUUAAAAGAAAUCAAAAAUAAAGAUGUCUCUGUGGAAGUGGACACUCUUUGUGUUUAGAUUUAAUUGAAGAAUGCAUUUUCAGAGGAAACAAAUGCUUAUUAAUGUGCUGACCAUGAACUUAAAAAUCUGUAUUGUGAUUAUUUUUUUAAAGAAAAAAAAACGUUUUUGCAGAUGCUUGAACCAUGCUCACUAUCAACAAAAACAUUGAAAGCAAUUUGCUCAACAUGUUUUCUGUGUCAUGUGUUGUAGGUCAGGAUGUAGGAUGAAAUAUUUAUCCAAUCAGAAGGAGUCAAAAGUAUCCUUAGGCAACACAUUAGUCACAACGCGGGCCAUCCAUUAGUCAUUUUGUUUAUUGCACUCUUGGUAAUUGCCUGUUUUUCAUUUUGAAUGAUGGAUUUGACUCUUUUAAAACAGUAUUUGAAUACAGAACGUGUCUUUUACUGCAGAAGGACAGACAGCUGGAAAUAAACACACGAGUGAUU